AUGGCUGGUGCUUCCGACAAAAAACAGGCCGCGGCCAACGAAUCUAUUCUGAAACAACUGCACAUUGCUUCGGCGGUGAUUAACAUACUGGCCCUGGUGGCCCUGUUUGUUCUCCACCGUCCAGCAACCAAGAAAUACUACAUUCUCUUCAGUUUACCAGGGCUUGGAUGUUUGUAUGUGAUUGAGAACGUCGGAAGACCAAAGUACCACAAGAACCCGCAAGGAUACUCUGUUCUCACGUCAGCGGGCCAGGAUCUCCAACAACAAGGUCUCACAGAGUACAUGGUGGACAUCGUCUAUCUUACGCUGAUCAUCGACGUGUUGAUGAUUGUUUUUGGAAGCAACAAGGUUUGGCUGCUGUUAUUGGCGGUUCCAGCGUUUGCCGGCUACAAGUUGAAAGGCCUUAUUGCUCCGUUUUUUGCGAGAAAACAAACUACAGAGCCAGUGGAGGCGGAGCCCGUGAAAAGCAAACGGCAGCAGAAGCUGGAAAACAAAAAGACAAAGAUCAGAUACAGGUAA